CACUACCUACUACUACUGCUGCUGCUACGAGUCUCCUCCAAUUCAUUCAAACGCAAUAAAUACUCGUCUUUGUUCAUCCGGCCGUCCCCUUGGCCCAUCCCCGUCUAGCCGCCGCCGUCUCUGUCCAAAACCCUAGCAUCGCCCUAAACCGCGUCCCCGGCGCUCGUCGUCCGAAGCGGCGGAGGGCCCGUCUAGGUUCAAGGUACAUUAACGCAAGAGGGCAUACACAUGGUGUUGGAAAGUGGCGAAGAAGUACAGAUCGCAAAACGAGCUAUGGAAAGCAGCCGAGAAAACAAGGCUGUGCUGGAGCAAGGACAAACUACUGUGUCCAAUAAAAAGAAGUGCUUUGCUUGUAAAGAGAUAUCACACACUUUGGAUCAGUGCAUGAUAAAAGAAAAACUGGGUGCUGUAGCCCAGCUAUUUGGACAUUCUACAAGGUCUCCGUUCUACAUGAUUCGACCUUCAGAGGAAGUUGUUGAAAAUGAGAAAUUCUAUCAUCACUGCCUGCUGAUCACAUCUAAUAUGAGUAACUUGGAGCCAGAAAGAGUGAAGACUGAACUAAACAAGUUUUGGAAGAUGACUGAUGACUGGGAGAUAAGUAGAGAGGGCACACAUAGUUUCCUAGCAUCCUUCAACUCAGAGGAUGACUUAACAAGCUGUUUGAAGCCUCCCAAAAUAGAAAUAUUUCUGGAUGAAAUGGAGGUGCAGUUCACUGCAGUAAGGUGGAACGAAGGCAAUGGGCAAAAGCUUGACUUGAUCGGAGAGUGGCUUUUGGUCUAUGGAGUCCCAAGAACAUACAGAAACUGGAAGGAGCUAUAUCAAGUUGCAUCUGCAAUUGGAGUCUUGCUUGAGGUGGAUGAGGAAAGUCUGGAAUGUGGGGAUAAAGAACCUAUUAGGUUGAGGAUAGCAUUGCAAAGUCUUGAUGGCGCUCCUUUCUCUAACCACUUCGUGUUUGGAUGGUCUUCUAGACUAGUCAAGUUCAUGAUCGAAGACAAAGUAAAAAGGAUAGAAGGGCAAAGGGAAGAAUUAGAAGAACUUAACGGUAGCAUCAUUCAGGAAUGUGAAGACAAAAGAGAAAAAGGUGUUGAGGUACCUCCAGAGGCGUUGAAUAAAGAAAUGAAUCCAGAAAGCACCAGUGUAGCUUUGGCAGGCAAGUGCAUGUUGGAUUUCAAAGGUUGCUCACACAAGGAGCAUGAAAAAGAACUGCAGACCACAGGAAUAGCUCUAUUGCUGGAAGACACAGAGUUAAUUGAAGAGUUGCGAGUUGAUGCAGAGAUCAAAGGAAACAAAUCAAAUGCUCCAGUGGUCAGUACAACAAACUCUAAGAAUAUAUCAGAAGAGGGGCGAUCCACAAGCGGUAGUUCAGCAAGAGGUAAUCAUAUGUUCGAUUUGGAAGGUUUGUCAGACAAGGAACAUAGAAAGGAACUAAAGACCUGGGAAACACCUACAUUGCUGGACGUGCCGAAGUGCAUUGAAGAGUUCAGAGCUGAUGGAGGGAUAAAAGAAAACAAUGGCAGUGCUAUAGCAGCCACCGCACUGAACUCUGAGAAAACAACAGAAGACACUCCAGAAGCUGAAGGUGGGCAAUCCACAAGUGGAAGUCCAACGAGUUUGAUUGGAGGACUCUGCAGAGGUAUACAGAAGCCACCUAUAAUAAAUGUGUACGAGAGAAGAAAAGACCGGGAGCAAAAAGGAUGCACCGCAGAAGGAUCACUUCCUGAUGGUGCCCGUGUAGCUAUACAGAAGCCACCUAUAAAAUAUGUAUACACGAGAAGAAACCGGAAGCAAAACGGAUCCACAGAGCAAGAAGCUGCUUCAAAGGAACUGAACAAAGGAACAAACCCAGGGAGUAGCAGUCAUGCCACAAGGGUAGCAACCUCAACAUGCAAUAUGUUGGGUUCCAAAAGUUUCUUAGAAAAGAAACAUGAGAAAGAACUAGAAAUGGCAGAAACAGCUCUACUGGGGAAAGGGCAAAAGUCAACUGAAGAGUUUGGAGAUGGAGAGAAUAAAGACAACAACGUAAGGACCAGUACAGCCUACACAAAAAAGAAAACAAAACCGAACAGUCUGUAUGCUGAAGGAGUGCAAUCUAUUAGCAGAAGUUCAGCAUGCAUGAUUAAAGGAGCACAGACAAAUGGUGUUGACAUGGCUGGACUGGCACCAGAAGGAGCUCAGUUUGAUGGAAAGCAACCUGUUUCUAAAAAGAACGCAGAGCUUACUCAAAUUUCCAAGGAGUUCAGCACAUAUUGUGAAAUCUAUGACAGUUUCAUCGAGAUGGGUCUUGGAGAAAAUCUGCUGAAAGGAAUAUAUGCAUAUGGUCUGGAGAAGCCUUCAGCAGUCCAUCAGCGAGGAAUUGUCCCAUUGUGCAAGGGUCUGGAUGUUAUCCAGCAAUCAUUGUCUGGAACAACUGUGACACUUGGCUGUGGAGUUCUGCAACGACUCGAUUAUGGAUCUACGCAAUGCCAAGCUUUGGUUCUUGUACCAACACGUGACUUGGCACAGGAGACGGAAAAAGUUAUUGGAGCACUUGGGCACUGUCUAGGUGUCAAAGCUCAUGCUUGUUUUGGAGGAACUAGUAUUCGUGAGGAUGGGCAAAUUUUGUUGAGCAGCGUUCAGGUCAUUGUAGGUACUCCUGGUCGCAUUCUUGACAUGCUGAGAAGGCGAACACUCUGUCCAGAUCACAUCAGAAUGUUCGUCUUGGAUGAAGCAGAUGAAAUACUCGCUGGAGGUUUCAAGGACCAGAUCUAUGAUAUUAUCCAGCUUCUGCCAACCAAAAUCCAGUUUGGAGUAUUCUCUGCCACCAUGUCCCAAGAAGUUCUUGAGCUUUGCUCCAAGUUCAUGAAUAAUCCUUUUAAGGUCAUCGUGCCGAAAGAUGAUGAACUUGAGGGCAUCAAUAUCAAGCAGUUCUAUGUUAAAUUUGAGAAGGAAGAAUUUAAGUUUGCUAAAUUGUGUGAUCUUUUUGACACCAUGGCGGUCACAAAAAGCAUCAUCUUUGUCAAUGCACGUCGAAAGGUCAAGUCACUGGCUGAGAAGAUCAGAGGCUGGAAGUACACCGUCUCAGCAAGCCAUGGCGGUAUGGACCAGCAGGCUAGAGAUGUUGCUGUUGAGGAACUCCGGUCUGGAUCGUCCCAUGUCCUUGUUGCCACAAACCUUCAUGGCAUCGAUGCGCUGCAGGUCCCCGUCGUCAUCAACUAUGAUCUGCCAACACAACCAAUACGCUACCUUCGUCAUGUGCGUCGAAGCGGAGAGUCUGGAGGAAAGGGUGUUGUCAUCAGCUUCAUCACUCCCACUGAUGAGCGUGUCCUGUCUGACAUCCAAAGGUUCUGCAACACUCAGAUAGGGGAGAUGCCACCAACGUUGCCGCUUUGUUAAGAAUGUAGUUGAGAAUGGUACCUACACCCAUGAUGGUUGCCAGUAAGUUUGGGUAGACUUUUGUUAUCUUUCCUGGACAACAGCUGCAUUUUGUUGGAUCAUGGGAAUCAUAUGGGAUUGUAACAAACUUGUUGAUUUCUGGUGUGCUAUAUCAUAGCGGUUUGAUACUGAUGUGGUGCAAAUGCAGUUGUUCAUUUAUCC